AGCAUCACCAAAGCAUUCCACGCCGCCCCGCCGCAUUUCCAACAUACGAAACCACAAACACUUUACCCUCACUCAAGAAGACCGUGCCUGAUCAACUCUGCAUCACCCCACAAUACCGCAAAAUGCCUUCACAAACCUCAACAACGCUCGCCUCGCCCAUCCCUCGCCGCCGCUCACCACUGCUCACAAACUCAACUUUCGGAAGAGACGUAUCUCUCUGCCUCUCAAAUACACUGAACAUGAAGGCCAAGAGCCCAUACACCUUCAUCCUCCGCGAAAACGAGAACGACUACUCGCCCCCAGCUCCACCACCACCUAGUCCCGUCAACUUCCCCAUGGAGAGCUGGAGCACCGCUUGUUCUGUCCGAAGAUAGACAGACAGACCUCCUGGACAAGAUAAUGGAGCGUGAAGGGAAGGACGGAGCAGAGCAGAGCAUGUACGAGUACAUUGUAAGAGGAGGAACUUCAAACCACCACGUGAUGACGGCCAGCACACUUCCUCCGUCACUACCUAAUCACUUCUUCUCCUCGAAGACCAACAAACGCUCGUUACACCUCUCCUCAACACUACUACAAGACCGACAGACAGAAUGUAAACGUCCCGCUCACGCGCGCGCAUGGGGUUCCUGGCGUUUAAAACGGUUGCAUGGGUCUGCUUCAUUUACUUAUCAUCUUUCUUCUUCUCCUUCCUCACUGUUCUCUCUCAUGGACAUGUGGAGGUUUUUGGGAUACAGAUUAUCUAUCUAUCUAUCUUUUGUACGUGUAUUUCACGGAUGGGCUGGGGUGGCAUUAGGGAUAGCGAGCGAAGGAGCGAGCGUGCAUAGCUUUAUUGUGUACAUGUCUUUUUUUAUCUAUCUUAGGAAAUUCAAGAUUACUCAACAAACA